AUGUCUGAAGAUGCUCGAUCGACGAUUUACGAAGCACUGAAGCCUGAAAAUGGCGAGUUUCGACUUCUUCGACUGCUGCCAGAAUCUUGUGGCGAGCUCCUCCAUUGUGAGGUGCAAAGUUUCUCGAUCCACGACGAAAGUAUCCCAAUUUACAACGCUGUAUCUUACCAGUGGGGACACGAUUCUGCCUCGUAUGAAGUACAGCUCAAUGGCCAAUCCAUAUUGGUGCGCAAGAAUCUGUAUCGAUUUCUGUUACAAAUGAACUCUGAGAAUCGGAAAGACUGGUAUUUCGUGGAUGCACUCUGCACGAAUCAAGACGACUAUGAAGAGAAAGCGAGCCAGGUCAAGUUGAUGGGCCAGAUCUAUCGAGACGCGGAAGUAGUCAUUGCUUGGAUUCAGCGAGAACCGUUUCAUCCCGUUAGCACUAUGAAGUUUGUCUACGAUGAAGAACCAGAAAGCGAUACAGAAAAGGACGACUCUCUGGAACAACUGAAGUUACUGGUGCUGCAUUCUACUUAUUGGUCAAGGCUAUGGAUUGUGCAAGAGGUCCUGCUUGCGAAAAGACUGACUAUAAGGAUCGGCAAAGCUGAAGUCGAGUGGACAAAUCUCUUACCUGAAAGUAAUAUAUUCGAGAAACGCGCCCGGCCCAAGAAGAAUGGCAGGAUGCUGACGCAACAAGUCGGUGACGACCCGAUGGCAAACGCGGCCAUGGCCAUCCAUUUACUAUCCUGGAGACGCUUCGAGAGACAUAACCUUCGUGCUGGCCGUCAUUUCUCCUUCCACAAGGCAGUCGACUUCUUCGCAAUGCAGGUUUGCACCAGGCCGCAUGACAAGAUCUUUGGUAUCCUCGGCAUAGCCAACAGCCGAAUUCGAGUCGACUACUCCCUGUCUAUCAUGGAACUCUUCAUGAUGGUGUUGGCCGACUACUUCCUCUCGUUAGGCUUUCUCACAGAUGACUGGAAAACUCUACGACGAAGAUGGGAUUUCAUGGCCGUGCACUACAGCAUGAAGCAAGAGCUCAAUCUGAUCGCACCUUUUCUCGCUUUCGGACUCGAUCCCUUUCAUCCCGUCGUUUACCUGGUCAUACAUGAGAUAGCGGAGUUCUUCGUACCAGGUUGGGGUGAGGCACUAUGUGGAGAAGCUAUUGCACUCUGGUGGUGGUCUUGUCGACCUGAAGCGAACAUGGCUUCGAGAAUUGAAGAAUGGAUAGCCACUGAUGAUUCGAAAUUCGAGUUCAAGUGGUUUGCGAAUAUCUGUCUGUCAGGUAUCAAGCUUGUUGGUAGCGAGCUGCGGUCGUUUUCGCAAAAGGAUAAAGCCACACGUAUAGAGCAGAAGCAGUUGAAGGAGAAGAAUGCCGAGAUGCUUGCGCCUGAACAGAGUGGCGAGUCGAAACGGUAUGCUGAAUGGGUUGCAUUAGCGAAGGAGAUUUCGCAAACUGUGUGGGAGCGUUUUCAAGAGUCAGGUGAAGAUGUGGAAGGAGAUAUGGAUGAUGAGGCAUGGACCAUGAUUGGAUGA